CGCAUAAUCGAGCUCUUGGAACUGUCUGCUUCAGUGUGGUCACAACUCAAUGAUUUGAUGGCUCUGUGAGUUUCUUGUUCUACUCUUCUGUGCUGCCAGACAAUUAAUUGAGACAAGCAAUCACCACCAUGACGUGGGGACCUACAAUGAUCAUUGAUCGCUGUGCGAGCGCUCACAAGUUGGUUCCUGCUCCAGUUUGGGACUCGCCCUCGGGAAGUUCCGUUCGAAGCAGACAACAAGACCGGGACGAUGGAGUCGGACUUGAUUUGGACGGAGGAGGAGCAGAUGAAGAAGCUGCAUUUAUUCCCAAACCAUCGUCUUCGGUGCACAGUCUUUCCUCUCUCAUCAUUCCACCUUCUCAGGUGUCACUGCUUCAUCCUCAUCAGCAACCACAACAGCAGCAGCAACGGCAGCAACAGCAGCAAUACGGGUCCAUUCGCCUUCGAAGCAACAACAACAAUUCACCUACUACAUGUACAACAACAGCCAAGCCGCCGUCCAAGUCGCGCAACUCCAUUCGAUUCCAAGUGGUCAUUUGGGAUGUCGGACCAGUAGAUGUUGCCUUGGGACGUGUCCCCAUGACCUUUCGUGUCACCAUGUUUUGGGAUGAUGUGGACGAAGAAUCAGUAACCAACAACAAUAAUAAAGAAGAGAGUAGUAUCCAGGCAGCAGAAGCGACCACCAACUCUUACCACACGGAAUGGACCAUGCAGGGUCGGCGAAAGGCAUACGAAAGACUGGUACAAGAUGAGAAUAUUCUCAAAACAGUAGAUGUCCCAGCUGUCUCCUUGAUCAAUGUCGUGACCUUUGAUAUUAUUGGUCAUCCUGAAAUUUGCACUCUACGAGAGCAACAACGCAUAGGCACUGUUCAGCAGAGACGAAGGCUGAUGCGGUGGACUUGCCUCUACAAGGCAACCCUGAUGCAGCACCAUAUGAGACUGGACAACUUUCCUCAUGAUGAACAUGUUUUGACUUUGAAGCUGGGAAUAUUAGUUCACAGGCGACCAGGAAGCCGAUGGGACAUUAACAAGUACAAGCUGGAGUUGGCCACAGAGGAUGAUUCACAGUACUCCACAAGAAUCCCACACGGAUUGAUUGUCGACCAUGCCAGAGUUCCAGACUUUAUUCGAGAGGACAGCCUCGAGUUUCAGUUUGUACCCGAAACGUCUGGAGCAUCCCUGCCCCUUGUUAAUUCCAGUGAAAGAGCGCCUGGAAAACCACAACAACGACAGCAGGACUCCUGCUUGGAGGUGCGACUGCGGGUCAAACGAGACAGUGGAUACUACGACAAAAACAUCAUGCCACUUAUUGGAGUCCUGAAUGUGGUGGCAGUGACCAUUCCAUUGUCCCUGGAAUGUACACAUUUCUUCCAGAGAGGUCUCAUGCUCUUGAAUAUCACAUUUGUUCAGAUCGGAAUCCGCAUGAAUGUUGAUAAGCAUUUACCCUCAGUGGGGUAUCAGAUCAAGAUGCAGAGGAUCAUGAACCAGUUCUUCUUUUCCUUGUUGGCAUUGGUACUCGAGAGCAGCCUUGUCUAUGUCCUCCAUGAUCAAUACAACUGGAGCUUCACAGCUACCCAUCUAAUUGACAAUAUUGCAGCUGGCGUUUCCUUCAGCCACAUUCUCUCCACGUGGUUGUACUAUUAUUAUGCUCAUGUCAUCCAAUGCACUGGCAUGCGCUCCAGAGCCAGGCAAGCACCCAAGACAGUCUAA